UAGGGAAGCAGCACAGAGAGGGAGAGGAUGGCGAGUGAGCUGAAGAAGAAGGCUUUCUGGCGGGCAGUUAUUGCCGAGUUCCUGGCCAUGAUCCUGUUUGUGUUUAUCAGUAUUGGCGCUGCCCUGGGGGUGCAGUACCCCAUACCCGCCGACGCCGCCAACGCCACCAACACCGACACUCGCCAACAAGACAUCGUCAAGGUUUCCUUGGCCUUUGGACUGGCCAUUGCCACGUUGGCUCAGAGCGUUGGCCACAUCAGCGGAGCCCACCUCAACCCAGCUGUCACCCUGGGCUGCCUGCUCAGCUGUCAGAUCAGCAUCCUGAAGGCUCUUAUGUACAUUAUUGCCCAAUGCCUGGGCGCCGUCGUGGGCACCGCCAUCUUGUCCGGCAUCACCACCCAGAUCAGCAACAACUCACUGGGGCUCAAUGGGCUCAGCAAUGGAGUGUCUCAGGGGCAAGGCCUGGGGGUGGAGAUCAUGGUCACGUUCCAGUUGGUGCUCUGCGUGGUGGCUAUCACAGACAGACGGAGGAAUGAUGUUUCUGGAUCAGCACCUCUUGCCAUCGGGCUUUCUGUGGCGCUGGGGCAUCUCAUUGCGAUCGAUUACACCGGGUGCGGGAUGAACCCAGCAAGGUCUUUUGGAUCAGCUGUUGUUGCCAAACAGUUUGCCAACCACUGGAUCUUUUGGGUCGGACCCAUGAUCGGGGGCGCGGCUGCCGCCAUUAUUUACGACUUUAUCCUGUCGCCUCGGACCAGUGACCUCACAGACCGCAUGAAGGUAUGGACCAAUGGGCAAGUGGAGGAGUACGAACUAGACGACGACCACGCCCGGGUGGAAAUGAAGCCAAAAUAAACGCUGACAUGUUUGAGGAACGAACACAGAAGAUAAAGAGAAGAGAAUAUCAGUAUUAUGGACUUUUUUUUGUAAAAA